AUGCCUCGCUGGCCUCCAUUUCCGCCGUUCGGACCACCAGGAUGCGGACAGCCGCCACCAGGAUGCGGACCGCCGCCACCAGGAUGUGGACCACCCCCGGGAAGCUGGCCGCCAGGUCCACCACCAUCCGGCUCCAUGCCACCGGGCUGGCCACCUGGUCCACCACCUCCUGGCUCCAUGCCACCGGGAUGUCCACCUGGUUGGCCAGGUGGUCCACCACCACCUGGCUCCAUGCCACCGGGCUGGCCAUCGGGCUGCAUGCCACCGGGCUGGCCACAGCCACCAGCCAAUCCAGAUCCUCCAAAACCUCCGACUAAACCUGACGUCGAACCUCCAACUAAACCUGAUGUCAAACCUCCAACUAAACCUGACGGUUCUGAUGAAGUGAAACCUCCGACAGGGUCGAAUCCUAGUGGUGGCUAUGACGAAGUGAAACCCCCGACUGGUCCUAGUCCCGGUGCAGAUUAUGAUCCAGAUCCGCCACUCUACUAA